AGAGCAGUAGCUGGAAACCAGUUGCGAGUCGGGAUGAUUUCUUACGCCUGAAAACUGCCUUUGGCCGACUCAACUCUGCUCUGCUUCUCAACUACAUCCGACACACUUUCAGCGAGGCUGGCGAGAAUCUUAUUCAGCACAAUGCCCUGCAUCGAAACUCCAUUUAGGAUACACCUAUAACCCAUGCCUCUUGCGACAGAUCUAAUAGAAGGCAACCCGAAUGUCAUUCUUACGUCGUUCACCAUCGGUCUACCCUUGCUUACCCUCCUUCUCCCGCUAACACGCCUGAGUGUCGGGGCCACAAUCCUGUUGUAUCUCUAUCUCCGAUAUGAGCACCUCCUCAACUCCGCACUGGUGCGUUGCACCCCGCCGUCACCAGAGGCUCAUCUCCCCUCUCAUGAAGAGUGGAUCGCAAACGGAGGGCUGAGGAGAAUACCGCUUCUACCACCUGCCACCGACCCAGACCGCUGCAUUGUUUGCUACGAACUUCCUACCGACCCCACUCAGGUUGCACGAUGCGCCCACGUCUUUUGCGCUGAAUGCAUCGGUGCAUGGCGUGCAAAAGGAAACAGAUCGUGAGUGCUGCCUUAUUAGUUUCAAUCGAUGGAUCUCGUCUGACAUCGGGGUCUCGAUAGAUGCCCGCAGUGCACAAUCGUGCUA